UGAUUUCUCCAGAUUGGAAUAAUGAAGCAGCAGACUAAGAAUGGAGAGAAUCCUGUGCUAACAAAAGAGGCUUCAGAUGGCAAAGCCAAAGAUCCCUGUAUUUGUGAAGCUUUCCUGGGGGUGCCCAAGCAGAUCAUUAGCAAGACACUCUGCUCCCCUGCUCCAGAAUCCAUGUGUUUAAAGGACUGGUUAUGUGCCUUCUGCUGCCUGAGGCUUGGAUGCCUGGAAUACCCCAAAAAUGAAAAGCAGCCACUAGUCAGUGGUAACAAUAAUCAGUAUAAAACCUACUCUGUAAUUGAUGAUGAUGAGAGAAACCUGUGGAGUUCUCCCCAUGACUUGUCUCACACUGAGGCUGUGGAUGAUCGAUUGCUGCACAGCUGGAUCCAGACAAGGAAUCAGCUGGAGAAGGAUUCUGAGGAAUGGCAAAAACUCAACUACGAGAUUUACACACUAAGACAAGCAAGGCGUGAGGUGAGAGCACGAUGGAGGCGAAUUCUGGAAGAUUUGGGUAAGCUAUUUUCCCAGCUAACUUUCCAUUAUUAAUGGAAAUCACCUGCAUGAGAAGAAGCUGCAUAUAUAGUCCACCAGCUGCCUACCCACACACCGCUACCCAAUACAACCAGCAGGGCUACCAUUAAUCCAACCAAACUGGAAGUGACAUUGCUGUGAACCAGAAGUGCCCUCACUAAUAUAUAUGGAUCAACCAGUUUUAGUCUUUUUGCUUGUCAGGGAUGGAGGGGGCAUGUUCCCUAUAUUAAAGCUACGAUUUACCCAGGCACACAAAUAAGGCACCUAUGGACCACCCAGAGGUUCAGGCAAAUGGGGCUUUUUCUCCUGAAACCCUGCUUUUCUGGUUUUGCGUGGUUACCAGAUCCAUUGCAGGACACGACCAGUCUAGAGAGCAUAAUCAGAGUGUGAGUAUAGUCAGUGUAAGUAUUGUGGUUCACUCAGCAACCUACCUGCACCCUGUUCUACAGAAGACUCUGAAAUAGAGUACAGGAAUGCCAUUUCUCAAAGAGCCCUAUCAAUGCCUCUCCAGUUAACACAUGGCAAAACAUAUAUGAAAGUGCAACAUGGGCACACACAAUCUAUACCACUGGCACAUUGCCACUUUUAUACUGGUCCAGGUCCAGUUUUUAUAUAAAGUGAAAGAGAGCUUCUAAUAAUAUAUGCAUAUACUGUAUAUAUUGAAAUCAAUGCAAUAAAAACAGCUUUGAAGCC